AAUCGCCGUGUUGCCGUCUCAUUUCUUUGUCUUGCCUUGAAAAGUGCUUCCCACAAUGCCGUGUUAUUAUGGAUGACGAUGUGCAGCCGGUGAGCUGUCUGCUACAGUUGAUUCUACUCGAUUUUUGACAUUCUACAUUGAAUUAGAAUGAAAUCGUCUAUAUUAGUUGUUUUGUUUUUGGCUUUAGUUAUAUCGUGUGGGCUUUUAGUGAAGAUAUUUAUCACUGAUAAAAUAAGAAGGCCAGUAAUUAACACCUCUGCACUUAGUUCUCGGUCGGCACCACCUUUUCCUGGUGCCAAGGAAGACAAUAUAUUUUGGUUUGCACAGGUAUCAGACCUUCAUUUUAGCAUAUUUUAUGAUCCAGCCAGAGUAAGCCAGUUAAAAGAAUUUUGCAGUACACACAUAGAUGCUAUAAAACCUAAAUUAGUAUUAGUUACAGGUGACUUGACUGAUGCCAAACAUAAAGAUCUGCAGGGAUCAGGACAAUUUCAGGAAGAGUGGACUUUGUAUAAUGAUGUUCUGAAAGAAACAGGGGUCUUGAAGAAAACCACUUGGUUAGAUAUUAGAGGGAAUCAUGAUGCAUUUGAUGUUCCAUCCCUGACCAACCAGAAGAACUUUUAUAGGACAUACUCUGCUCAAGGAAAAAAACAUUUCCACUCAUAUCAACAUGUCGAAGUAUUGCCAUUUGGGAAGUACAUUUUUAAUGCAGUUGAUGCUUGCCCAAACCCUGGACCAAGGAGACCAUUUAAUUUUUUUGGAAUGUUAACGCAGGAUAGUUUAGACACAUUGGAGGAGUUUGCCCAAGCCAGUGAGAAGAGCAAUGCUACCAUAUGGUUUGGUCACUACCCAACUUCAUUGAUUGGUAUGCCUGGACCUGGGCUGCGGCAUGUCAUGAGGAAUGGCAUAGCCUACUUGUGUGGCCAUCUGCACACCCUGGCUGGCCUUGUCCCAAAGAUGCAUACAUUACAGAAGGAGGGUUAUCUGGAACUGGAACUUGGAGACUGGAAGGAUAAUAGAAUGUAUAGAGUAGUUGCCAUGGAUCAUGAUCUGAUGUCAUUUACUGAUGUUCAUUUUGAUACCUGGCCUAUUAUUCUGGUCACAAACCCCAAAGAUGCUCUGUACACACUGCCUGACCGUGAACCAACUGGCCGUAUGCUGAAGUCUACUCAUAUCAGACUGCUAGUCUUCUCACCUGGUAAAAUUCUCUCAGUUGAGGUCAGCAUUGAUACAGUUCAAGUUGGCUUUGCAAAGCAGGCCAAAGGUCCACUGUAUGUCCUGGCAUGGAACCCCACAGACUACAGCAAGGGGGUGCACACUAUUAAAGUGAUUGCUAAGGACAGUCUCGGCAAUAGUACAACAGUUGAGCAGUCUUUCUCUCUGGACCACACAGUGUUGGACUUUGGACUGAUGGCUAGACUUGUCCUCAUGUUGGACUUAAACACUGUUGGCCAGACUCUCUACACAGUGGCGAUGUUAACAGCACUUUUACCCUUGCUCUAUUUUAGAAUCAUGAAAGAAAGGAAAACAGUCAAUUGCCUGCACCUGCGUAGAUUUUUCGAUGUGGUGAAUGAAAUCCUCAGAAGGAUUUAUUAUGUGUCUGUAUACAAUAACACUUUUUAUCCAUUGGUUAUAUACAUAGUUUAUAUAACAAUAGGACCCUGGUUCAUAGGACAUGUCUUAGAUGGCCACGUGGGUCUGUGCUUUUUAUUUGGGAUCUAUGUGAAUGGUACACUUAUUCCUAGUAAUCUCACAUACGUGUAUGGAUUUUUCCAGAUCUUAAUGUUUGUCAUUCCAUUAAUACUUUACACUGGGUGGUGUAUACAGCACCAUCUCAGAAACUUAAAGAAAGAUAAAGCCAUGGACAAGCCUACUUGUAAAAACUAUAUCAAGGAUCACUGGAGUUUCUUACUCAUCGUGUUCUUGCAAGUGUGGUUUGCAUAUGGAGGGUUCUUUAAAGCUUAUGGAACCAUGGCAUUUUUACUUGGACCAUUUAGGACCUGGUCAGCAGUUCUGGCUAUAUACUUGCAUAGAAAUGCAUUGAAUGUAGAGAGACAGGAACUCGAGAUGAAACCAGAGCCCAGUGAACAGCAAUGUAAACAUGGUUAAUUUAGUGCAAUAUCUGGAACUGUUUCUUGUAUUUUAAUGUUCAAGUCAUGAUAACAAUAUGUGGUACCAGUAUUAUUAUUUAUAUCUGGUUUACAAGGUGAUAUUAAUAAAAUGAUAAUCUGAAGUCAUUUUCAACAAAGGAUAAGAAAUGCCUCUGACAUCUCUGCUGUGAUACAAAUUACAGUGGACCAAGAUUAACUCUUGCUGUAACAAGAAAUGAGGACAGCUCCCACUGUGGUGCUGUGAACAAAUUGAACUCUAUACAGUGAUCCCAAUGUGGCGGAAACCAGUGUUCAUUUUUAAGCAAAUUGAUAACUUGAAUAAAUUAGAAAGAUCAAAAUAAUGCAAUAAAGUCUAGUCAUGACUUAGAAGACCUAUGUAAACAAGUCACACGGCCUACCAUGCUCAACUUGGGGUCAGUUUUGUAGUGUUUACUGUGUCAGUGUCCAAGAUGGCGUAUUGGGAAUGAAAUUUAUUAUUUUGUUAAGCCCACUUUGUUUUCUCCUUUAUACAUCUGAUUAAAAUUUAUAUUUAUUAUAUAUGGGCCUCUGAUGAAGAAAAGGGGUCUGCUCUUGAAUUCGUAUAUUUGACAAACAAAAUUAACAAAGUUGAUAAUACUUUUUGUUGGUAGUAAUAAAAUAUAAUGUCAUUCA